AUGUUAGUUUUUUGUCAUGUUGACGACCCAUCGAAAUUAUGGGAGAAAUAUCGAGAUUAUUUUUCAGAAGAUAUUAAGAGAGAGGUAGAACGAGACGGUGGAAAUGUUGAGCUGUUACUUGACGUUAUUUACAACAAAUGUCUCAUACUACUUGAAGAUAUUGUUAUAUCAAUGUCUGGAAAAACACUUCUUCAGUUCGGCCUCCACUUUCCAACCCGAGAUGAAAGGUUUAUUGUCACUAAUCGUCAAUAUUUGCGUGAAUUGGCUUACGACACCGUCUAUUUAACUAAAGUUGUAGCUGAAAAUGUUCCUAAAUUAAAUCUAGAACAGAGAAAAGUUUACAAUGAAAUUUUAAAUUCGAUUAUAUCUGAUUCUGGGCAGUUGUAUUUUCUUGAUGCUCCAGGUGGUACUGGAAAAACGUUUUUAAUCAAUUUACUGCUUGCGAAAAUCAGGAGUGAAAAAAACAUCGCUAUAGCCGUUGCUUCUUCAGGAAUUGCUGCGACUUUGAUAGACGGAGGUAAAACAGCUCACUCUGCCUUUAAAUUACCUCUCAAUUUAGGUUAUUCUGAGUCUUCACUUUGUAACAUCUCUUUGCCUGUUGUGCCACGAGGAACACGUGCAGAUGAAGUUAAAGCCUCUAUUAAGUCAUCAAUUUUAUGGCCUUCGGUCAAAGUUUUAUCUUUGACUAUCAAUAUGCGUGUUCAUCUUCAGCCAAAUUCGAAAGCAGAAGAGUUUUCAAAAAUACUGAUUGAUAUAGGUGAUGGCCAAAUUCCGGAAGAAGACGGAAGAAUAAACGUGUCCUAUAUUAAUUGUGAAACUGUCCCAGAUUUAAUCACCUUGACUGACAAAAUAUACCCGAAUAUUGACAAAGCUGGCGAUAAUUGUAGUUCAUGGUUAAAGGAGAGAGCCAUUCUCACACCAACCAAUGAACAAGUCAAUUGUAUUAACAACUUUUUGCUGGAGAAACUGCCAACUGAGCAAGUAAGAUAUGAAUCGGUGGACAAAGUACUGGAGGAUGAAGAAGCUGUCCACUAUCCUGUUGAAUUCUUACACACACUCAAUCCACCAGGGAUACCACCUCAUGUUCUUCAACUCAAGAUUGGCACUCCAAUAAUGUUGCUCCGCAAUUUAAAUCCGCCAAAAUUAUGUAAUGGUACCAGGCUUUAA